AUGUCUAAGGGCGUGUUCAAUCGAUUUGCUCACUUCACCGUGGACGGCGAGAGGUCUCCCAGUGUCACCGUGCUAUCAGUGGUGAUCGCAAAGGGAGAAGUUGAGGAAGUAGCAGGGGGAGCAGCAGAGGGAGCAGCAGGGGGAGCAACAGAGGGACCAGUAGGGGGAGCAGCAGAGCGAGCCGCAGGGGGAGCAGCUGAGGGAGCAGCAUGGGGGGCAGAAGGAGGAGCAGUACGGGGAGCAGCAGAGUGA